CGGCAGCACAAUUGGCCAACGGCCAGCGUGCAUCACUGUUGAGACCACCGAGUCUGCAGCUGCGAAGAUGUCGGUGUUGUGUUUGCAUUCACAACUACAUCUUUUAUCCGCACCGUAGCUGUGUUCUCAACUGGAAAAUAACCUUGUGGUGGCUGCUUUCCAGUCUGCAUUUGCAAGUGAAGGAGCUCUACAGUGACAGCUGGCAGACUGGGAGGAAUGGCAGGAGAAAUCAUGGCAUCUGAUUAGGCUGAGGCUCACAGCGUGGAAAUAAUGUCGUACAGUAACAGAGAGCUGGUGGAGUUCUUUGUAAGCGACAAGCUGUCUCAAAGGAACUAUCCGACGUCUCUGCUGAGGCCAGAGGAUGCUGGAGGAAGGACUGAUGGGGACAAGGCCAACUCAGCUUCCAGUAAUGGCUUGCUGGUGAACAGCAGAGGUGGCAUAGAGGCUGUAAAAUCCGCACUUAAGGACGCGGCAGAUGAGUUUGAACUUCUCUUCACGCAGGCUUUUAGUGAUCUGUCUUCACAGCUUGACAUCACCCCUGAAACGGCCUACCACAGCUUUAAGAGUGUGAUGGACGAGGUGUUCAAGGAUGGGGUCAACUGGGGACGUAUAGUGGGCCUGUUUUGCUUUGGCGGUGUACUGUGUGUGGAAUGCGUAGAGAAGAAUAUGAGUGAGCUGGUUCCCCGCAUCGCUGACUGGAUGACCAUGUACCUGGAUGAGCACAUCAGUCCGUGGAUCCAAAGCCAAGGAGGAUGGGAGUGCUUUGCUGAGAUUUUUGGGCAGAACGCCGCUGCAGAAGCACGAAGGUCUCGGGAUACUCUGAAGAGAUGGCUGCUAGUCGGAGGGGUGCUGCUAAUGGGAGUUCUGGCUGGUGUGCUCAUUGCUAAGAAACAGUGAAGGUGCUGCAUCCCGCUCAUGGCAGCACACCCAGUGUAAUGCUACGCCAACAGAAAUAAAACUAAAUAGUUAAUGUUUACAAAAAAAGCCCAGUCUGCUUGUGCACUGACAGAAUGUGGAUAGGCCGAAGCAGUUUGUGGGAGCAUCCAUAAUAUGUAGCUUGGUGAGCUGUUAUACUUCUCACCCCGCUUUGUCCAGUGUCUUUUAUUUUUUUAUCACACGGCACAGCAUGUGAGUUGUUGAAGGGUGUUACUCUCCAGACUGGAAGUGCUUCACAUGAACCUGAUAAGCUAAGAGUGAAGCGGCUGGUUUGAUGAGCCUGCUUAUUUUUAUUUUUUUGUUUUUUCCUUUUGUGUAUUAUCCAAGGACCAAUUUUUAUGACUUAUAAACUGACAGCUUACAGAGAGUAUAAGUUAUAUUUCCUUUUCACUGUGUAAUGCUCAGCUCCUUUUGUUGGCUGUACUGGAGUUUUAGGCAUGCUUCGAGAAUAAAUAUAUUUAUGUUUUU